AUGUCGUAUCAACAAAGAUAUGAAGUUUAUUACAUAGAAGAUGACUAUGAAAUGGAAGAACUAGAUUAUUUUGUUGAUGAGUUCCAAGGCGUAGACUUGGGUGGCUUUGAUUCGGUUGAAGAUGAGUUGCACGGCAUAGACUUGGAUGACUUUGAUUUGGAUGUAGAUGAGCUCUUAGACGUAGGCUUAGGUGGAUUUGAUUCAGAUGUAGAUGAGUACGAUUACAUGAAUAAAAGAAUACAUCAGAAAAGGAGUGCAAAACCACGAAGAAAGUUCCAACGCGUAGACUUGGGUGGCUUUGAUUCGGAUGUAGAUGAGUUGCAAGGCAUAGACUUGGAUGACUUUGAUUUGGAUAUAGAUGAGUUUCUAUGCAUAGACUUAGGUGACUUUGAUUCAGAUGUACAUGAGUAUGACUACAUGAAUAAAAGAAUGCAAGAUAUUUCGGUUGUUGAGCUAAGAAAUUUGGUUUGGGCUCCUUCUAAGUAUGAUGUAUACCUGAUGUCUCAUUUUUCUAUCAUUGAUUGGUCAUCAUUGACAUGUGCUAAAACUGAAAUUCUCAAUUUAUCAUGGGAUGUAGCGCCACUAGAGAAUCAUCCUGAAAGCUUUUUAGAGGAAUUGAAGGAGACAUUAGCAAGAACUCUUGUUGUGAAAGAUAAGAUUUUUGUUACUAAUGGAUUGCAUGGAGAACUUAUCGUCAAGUAUUUAGAUAAGACUUGA